GUCCUCAACUGUCCCGACAACAGCCGACAGAGACACUUCGUCUGAUGAGGCCAAGCUAAAGGCUCUCUGCUCCAGCCAAUCUCCUGAAGCUCCUCCCGGCUCGUCCAGUCCUAGACUUUCUCUCCUCUUUUCUCUCUCCGUCUGUCGGCUCGCUCCCUCCCCGGACUCGUCCCGCCAUGCCUCCUCAGCUCCAGUCCCAGAACCAGAGCGGGCCCAAGAUCCUGCAGGGCGACCUGAGCGCCCUCAGCGCGGCAGUCAGGGAGUUUGUGGAGGCCAACGUGACCCUGUGCCAGCCCGAGUCCCUCCACAUCUGCGACGGCUCCGACGAGGAGAACCGAGCCAUCCUGACCCAGCUGGAGGAGCAAGGGAUGAUCAAGAAGCUCACCAAAUAUGAGAACUGCUGGUUGGCCAGGACCGACCCGAGGGACGUGGCUCGAGUGGAGAGUAAGACGGUGAUCGUGACCAGGGACCAGAGGGACACGGUGCCCGCACCGCUGGGGGGCGGAGUCAGCCAGCUGGGCCGCUGGAUGUCCCCGGAAGAGUUCGACAAAGCCGUGGCUCAGCGGUUCCCGGGCUGCAUGAAAGGGCGCACCAUGUACGUGAUUCCCUUCAGCAUGGGUCCGGUAGGUUCCCCCCUCUCUAAGGUUGGGGUGGAGCUGACUGACUCGCCCUACGUGGUGGCCAGCAUGAGGGUGAUGACCCGCAUGGGGAAGGCCGUGCUGUCCGCUCUGGGAGCUGGCGAGUUUGUCCGCUGUUUGCACUCCGUCGGCUGUCCUCUGCCGCUCAAAAAGCCCCUAGUGAACAACUGGCCCUGUAACCCCGAGCAGACAUUAAUUGCCCACAUCCCGGACUGCAGGCAGAUUGUCUCAUUCGGUAGUGGUUACGGAGGAAAUUCCCUGCUGGGAAAGAAGUGCUUCGCCCUGCGCAUCGCCUCGCGUAUCGCCAAGGAGGAGGGCUGGCUGGCCGAGCACAUGCUGAUCCUGGGCAUCACCAACCCUGCCGGAGAGAAGAAGUACAUGGCCGCGGCCUUCCCCAGCGCCUGCGGGAAGACAAACCUGGCCAUGCUCUGUCCCACGCUGCCAGGCUGGAAGGUCGAGUGUGUGGGAGACGACAUCGCCUGGAUGAAGUUUGAUGACCAAGGCAACCUGCGUGCCAUCAACCCAGAGAACGGCUUUUUUGGCGUUGCACCUGGCACCUCAGCCAAAACCAACCCCAACGCCAUGUCAACCAUUGUCAAGAACACCAUCUUCACCAAUGUUGCAGAGACCAGCGAUGGCGGCGUGUACUGGGAGGGAAUGGACCAGUCGCUGCCUGAGGAAGUCACCAUCACAUCCUGGAAGAACAAGCCCUGGAGCUCAGAGGAUGGCGAACCCUGUGCUCAUCCCAACUCUCGUUUCUGCACUCCGGCCGGUCAGUGCCCCAUUAUCGACCCACUGUGGGAAUCCCCAGAGGGAGUGCCCAUCGAGGCCAUUAUUUUCGGAGGGCGCCGACCAGAAGGUGUCCCUCUGGUGUAUGAGGCUUUCAGCUGGCAGCACGGAGUGUUUGUUGGAGCAGCCAUGAGAUCAGAGGCCACUGCCGCAGCCGAACACAGAGGCAAGGUGAUCAUGCAUGACCCGUUCGCCAUGCGCCCCUUCUUUGGCUACAACUUCGGACAGUACCUCUCUCAUUGGCUGAGCAUGGCUGACCACCCUGGCGCCAAGCUCCCCAAGAUCUUCCACGUCAACUGGUUCCGCAAGAGUCCCACCGCCGGCUUCCUCUGGCCCGGUUUUGGUGACAACAUCCGCGUUCUGGACUGGAUGUUCAGGCGGGUGAAUGGCGAGGCUGGCGCCACGUCGUCCGCCGUGGGAUACCUGCCCUGCCGUGACUCCCUGAACCUCCGGGGUCUGCGGGGCGACGUGGACCUUGACGAGCUCUUCUCCCUGGAUCAGGAGUUUUGGCAGAGGGAGGUGGAGGAGGUGAGGGAGUACUUCACCUCGCAGGUGAACGAGGACCUACCCAACGAAGUGGCCCGCCAACUGGAGCUCCUGCAUCAGAGAGUGAAGCGGAUGUAAGGAGGGGGAGGGGAAGAGAGAGGGAAAGAACCAGUGUGAGCCAUUCAGAGCAUGUUGGUAAUCCAAGAACAACACAUCAGAAAUUCUGAAACAGCAUGUUGUAUAUUCUAGAACAGAACCUGAGUAAUUGCAGAAUGUCCCGUCGUUGUUUUACUGAGGGACUCUUUUUAUAAGGGACUCCCCACUUUAAGGAUUUCUUUCUUUGAGGUGGAGCCUUACAAAUUAAGUCAGAGAAGAAUAUGAUCAUAUUCUUGGCGCCACACUUUUUAAAAUUCUACUUAGUUUAUUCAUUAGCUAGAAAUCCUCUCCUUUUAGAGAUUAUUUUUCUGAAAAUGCUUCAGCUAAAGUUUGGCUGGGAAUGUUGAGAUGAAUCAUAUGAACCCGCUGGAAUAGCAGAUCUAAAAGACGUCCCUCGCCGCGCUCACCGUAAAUGUGCCAGCCAGAUGGUACCAAGACUGCUGAUCUGAAUAGGAAUUUGUUUCCUUUCUAUCGAUUCACAUGCUGUUGUAGCAGCACAAUGUUUUAAACUGUACACAAAUGUAAUGUCCGACUGUACGACUGAGGUCUACUAUUUAAUAAUAAGUUAUUACGAGAGCACAUCAGGCUCUCCUCGCUGUAUGGAUUUCUAUGGCGUAGAGAGGGUAAAUGAGUCCAUGUUAGCUCAGCUCCAGUUUGAUCUCGCAAACAUGGGGGCAAUACAUGUAUUUUUUUUUUUCCUUAAUUUAUUUUUAUACUGAGUUGGUAUAUUUUAGUUCUGUUUUAUUGUAAUCUUGGGCCCCCAAUGAGG